UGGAUUGGGCAAACUCCUGCAUAAACCUUGCUUUGACCCGACACUGACGAAACAAAGCUCGAGUAGCCAGAUUACUUUUCGGUGAAUUGAUUUGCGGUCCAGGAGAUUUUAAAUGGAAGAUUAUAUUUGUACAGUCAUGAUGCAAAACAUACAAUAAACAUGCUGUAGGGAAGGUUCCAAAUUGGUGAAAAGAUGGACUUGAAAAGCAACUUUGGACUAGCAGAGCAAAGUGAAUCCUGUCUGUGGGUACAAUCAUGUCUGCCUUGCAUGACAUUAUCUAUUAAAUCACACCAGAAGCUUUUUGCUUUAGAAGCAAAAUUAGAGAGCAAUCAAAGCACACAAGGCCACGGAACAUGGCUACAGUAGCAUUUUACCCUUUGAAGAAGAGUCGCGCUCACCGAAGCAAAGCAAAAGAUCAUCAUGAUGGCCCUAACUUGGUUGGUGGAGGGUCAAUGUGGGACUGUGAGACAGAAAAUGAAGGUAUGGUACAUGGGCCAGUCUCAAGCUCCACACUAACCGGCGUGAUCAUGCACCCAACUUUUCGAAAGCAAAACUGAUUGAGCCUUUUCUUAAGUGUUCACUUUCCUCCCAAAUUGGCCCAGAAGAGUACUCAUGGACCUAAUGUUCCUUCAUUUUCCUAGCAGCCAUUGUUAGGGACAAUUUAUUUGCCUUACCUCAAUCAUUCCAUUCGAUCCUGUCUAGGUGAUAGACUUACUUCUGAGCAUAUCCUUUGCAAUUCAUUUCACUCAAGGCAUGACAGGAAUGAAGGGAAGGUUCUUGAAGAAACUGAAGCUCAUUUCAUCGAUAAGCACUCUUAAGCGCGGGUUAGUGGUUCAGCUAAGCCAUGCUGGGAAACUAUCUGACCAGAAUGGUCGGUACCCGCCACCGAUUCACAAUGAAGGACACCAGGGGGGUGAAGUUGACAAACCUGUCGUGCAGAAUUGCAUUACGGAUCUCAAGAAUGGCCAAGAGGAGGUCUCAUCCUGCCUAGGAUCAGCAGCAACGACACCCGCCACGGAUGACUUGGAGGACGAGAUCUUCUCAGAUGCAGAAGGCGACAAAGAAUUCCCAUUUUCAGCACUAGAUGUCGCAACCGAUAACGAAACCUGUAGUCUUCAGGCUGAUUCUGUCCCAGGAAUAGUGAAAGAGCAACUCAGGAUAGAGGAUUCUAGGGACUACAAGGAGCACUAUCACCUGUCUCUCUCGGAUUUUCAGGAGAAGUGCCCGCCAGGAGGAAGAGAUUCGGUCAUUUUCUACACUACGAGCUUGACGGGAAUACGGAGGACGUUUGAGGACUGCAAUGCUGUCCGGUUCUUACUGAGGAGUUUUAAAAUCAACUUUCAUGAGAGGGAUGUGUCGUUGCACCUGCAAUACCGGGAUGAGCUGCGGAAAAUCCUCGGCCAGGGAGUGAUCCCUCCAAAGCUGUUCAUAAGAGGAAGGUACAUUGGAGGAGCCGACAUAGUCAUCACACUGCACGAGCAAGGGAACUUGAGGAAGCUUUUCGAAGGGAUUCCACUUGACCUUUCGAACAGCACAUGCGCUCAAUGUGCCAAUGUAAGAUUCGUGAUAUGUUUGGCUUGCCACGGAAGCUGCAGGGUGGUUAGGGACAGGGAGGAGGAACCGUGGAUUCGGUGCCUCGAGUGCAACGAAAAUGGCCUGAUUAGGUGCCCCGCAUGUUGCUGAGAAAUCUUAUGCAGAUGGUCUGCAGUUGUGCUCUUCCUGAUGAUGUAUAAUACCUAGAAUUAACUGCUUACGUCAAAUUAAAUCGAUG